AAUCUGCUUGUUUUAAUAAUAGCUGCUCUAGGAUGAUUUGACGAGAAGCCAUUGUGGCAUUUUAACUGCUUUUCUCUUUCUGGUAAGAUUUUAUUGCCAGUUUACAUCAGAUUAACAGGAAAUUCACACAUUGUUGGAGCAAGUAUUUUUAUUUUGUUCAGCUGUUCAAACAGGAAUGUUUCACUGUAACAGGCCUUUUGUAAAAUUCAUCAUUUGUAGAAUGUCUUCCUAAAAUCUUGAGAUAUGAUUUUUCUUCAUCCUGUGGCUAUAAAGAGACAAGUGUGACCACCUCAUUAGCACAGCAAUAUAACAAUUCAGCCUCCAUUGCAGAGUAAGCAGUGUGCAGAGUCCAACAUCCUAACUGGCUCGUUUCGAGGGAGAUGAUUGUCCAAGUAUUUUAGUUUGUUCCAGACACCAGCAUUCAGGGAUCAUGCCCUCGGGGAAGACGCUCAAGCUCGUUCUGUAUGAGCUGCUGCAGUUUGCAGCACUCAUUGUGCCCGUCUUUGUCAUCAUGGAGCGGUUCGCCCUGCUCAUAAGAGACGUGAGAGGACAGGAUGUGACGGCGUACUGGCUGGUGGUGUCGGCCUCUAUAGCUUAUGUGACCUCUGUGACCCUGCUGGCUUGGUUACCUCUCAAAUACGUGAUCCUGAAGCAGCGGAGGUUCAUCACAGAGAUCACACAGUGGAGACCUACAGCUCUGGCGUAUCUCAUCCUGUGUACGUUCCCGUGUUUUGCCAUUGUGAUAGCCAGCUCUAAGAUCCAGGUGGACUGUGGAAAACGCUACAAUGAUUUCUCUGAGCUGCCUGCGUCCUUGGUGCUUUUCUCUCUCGUCUGUGUGGAUAUCGUAGAGAGGAUCCGGCAUUGCAGGCUGAUGGGCAAAUCUGACAAUCUGGACUUGGAUCUGGACAUGUCGGGUCUCGUUCUCACCAACCUGCAACAGGUGACCACCGUUUCAGGCCAGCAGCAUGCUGAUGAAGGUCUCACCCAAAACCAGCCAGAGACUAGAAAUGGUAUCACCUCUGGCAGACAGCAGGAUUUCACAGACACGCCCAGUCGAUCGCCUAUCAGCAUCCGGCUUCCUAGCGCUGCCUACCUGUACUCCUCAUCCUCCCAUAGGACUUACUCAGGUCCUCUCCAUGUUCUGUGGAAGAAAGAUGGAAGGUCAGAGGUGUUUGUGGAGGGUUUCAUGUUCUGGUUGGACACUGUGGAAAUGGUGCGGGUAGCAGGGGAACCAUCAGUCUUCUACUCAGCAUGGGUCUUCCCAGUUUACGUCUUAGCUUUCCUCUCCUGCCUGCAAAUGAUAAUAACGCCUCACAGCUCCUUGUUGUCUUUAGCUGGAGUUGCUCUGCAGGAUCUUCCUUUCUUCAUCAUUCGGGUGGGUCUGAUCGCUGAGUUUGGUUUUGUAACGCCUAUAUUUUAUCCACUGAAAAAUGUUCUGGUCACCCUGACUUACAUCUACUUCACGUGGCUGACCAAGCUGAGGAUUUUUAAAAGGCAGAGCAUGUUUUGAAGUGGAUUGAUUUCUUUAGAUAAGAAAGGAGCCAAAGAAACUUGGAGCUCAAGAGACUUGCAUUAAGAGACCAGUCGUCAACAUACAGCUGUUGGUCAAAAAAUUAGAAUAUCACGACAAAGUUGAUUUAUUUCAGUAAUUCCAUUCAAAAAUUGAAAUGUGUAUAUUCGAUUCAUUUAUUACACACAGACUAUAUUUCAAAUGUUUAUUUCUUUAAUUUUGAUUAUUAAACUGACAACUAAUGAAAAUCCCAAAUCCAGCACUUCAGAAUAUUAGACUAUUGUGAAAAGGUUCGAUAAUGAAGAUCCUUGGUUCUACAUUCUAAUUAGCUAAUUAGAUCAAAACACCUGUAAAAGCCUACAAAUGGUCUGUCAGUCUAGUUCUGCAUAAUCAUGGGGAAGACUGCUGACAGUUGUCUGAAAGAUGACCAUUGACACCUUGCACAAGGAGGGUAAAACAAAAAAAAGUGGACUGCAGCUGGAGUCAGUGCCACGCACAGACGUGUGCAAGACAUGGUUUCAGCUGUCACAUUCAAUGUGUCAAGCCAUUCUUGAACAAGAGACAGCGAAAUAGAAAAACUGCGGGGUAUUGUGAAGAGGAAGAUGCAACAAUUCAGAAGAGCUGAAGGCCGCUAUCAGAGCAACAUGGGCUCUCAUAACACCUGAGCAGUGCCUUAGACUAAAGGACUCCAUCCCACGCAGCAUUGCUGCAGUAACCCAGGCCAAAGGAACCCCAAAUAAAUAUUGAGUGCUGUACAUGCUAACAUUUUUCAUGCUCAUAUGUUUCAGAUGGCCAACAUUUAAAAAAAAAACUUUUUUUUGCAUUGAUUUUAAUUGAUACUCUGAUAUACUGAAUGUAGGAUUUUCACCAGUUGUCAGUUAUGAUCAUCAACAUUAAAGAAAUUAACAUUUGAAAUA